UUCUCCGGUAGAGGGCGCAAAUGUGUACCAAGCGCGGACGCCGUGGGGGUUUGCGGGAGAAACGGCUCAAUUAUCAUCACCGGCGGGGGGAACACCCUCGUCUCCUCCCGGCCCUGCGGUGCGACACGCCCCGGCUUGCUGCCUUUGACAAACCCUUUAUUUUGGUGGCGGCACAUGGUAGCGCGGAGUCAUCCCAGUGAACGCGUCGCUCUGCGCAGCCGCAGGUGGGGUUGAGCCCUCUUCAAAGACUCAAAAGAGACACUUCAUUGAAAAAAAUAGCAACUUUUUUCGAAGCAAUUCGUGUUUAAAUACAUUGACGGAGGACACCCGGGGUUGAGUUUGGUUGAGGAGGCGUUUUGUGUGUUGGUGCAAAUAGCUAACAGGUGGGGACGACGACACGCAGCUUGGAUUAUUCUUAACGUGAGAGCAACUGAAUGGUGCGUGCAGAGGAUGUGGUGAAUUUACUGAUCAUCAGCCAAUGCCAGGUUCUCAAGAGUGCACGGCAGACUGAUCAAUGGCACUGACGGUGAAUUUAAGUGGUCCAUCACCAUGGGGCUUCAGAAUAGUCGGAGGAAGGGAUUUCAAGAAGGCCUUAACAAUCUCAAAGGUUAACGGAGGCAGCAAGGCAGAGCAAGCAGCUCUCCAACUAGGUGAUGUCAUCUUGGCCAUCAAUGGGGAAAAUUCUGCUGACAUGCUAAAUGUAGAGGCCCAAAAUAAAAUCAAGAACUCCAAGACCCAUCUCCAGCUUCUGGUGGAGAGAGCGGAACUUUCCAGCCCCCGGCAGACAAACGGAAUCAGCACCCCUGAACAGCUUACAGGAAGAUUUCAGGAGGCGGUACAAGUGAGUCGAGACGAGAACCAGAACUACAAAGAGUACACCAUUUCCAGCCCUGCAUCACGAUCACCUGGGCCUUAUUCACCAAAUCCUCCUGCCAGUCCUGAUGGGAAAAAGGAUGGGCUGAUAGCCACCACCAACAAAAGUGUUCAGAUACGCUCAUGGUCGCCAGAGGAGAAGAGUUUUAGACUGCCCAGGCCACUUUCACAGGACUUCUCUCCUUCAGACAACCGAAACAGCUUUGUGUCGAGCAGAACCCCUACUCCACCAGGACGCUACUCGCCCAAUAACACUCUCGAUCAGGACGUUCAUAUGGCUCCUCGUCGCAGUAGUUCAAGCUCUGAAUCCAACAUGCAGAGGUUUGACAAGGACUCUGAGGUGUACAAAAUGAUCCAGGACAAUCGGGAGUUUCGUGUGACGCCACGUCAGUCCAACACCUUCAAAAUGCUACAAGAGGUUCUGGAGGCUGACGAGAAAGAGGCGACACGGAAGUUUCCAGGAAAACUAUCGCCCAAUCCUCCCAAGCCAACCGCGCCUGUUGGAGGCGUCAGCAAAUAUCACAUCUGUGAAAAGUGUGGCACCAGCAUUGUCACACAGGCUGUUCGCAUCGUGGACGACCGCUUCCGUCACCCCGAGUGCUACACGUGCUCGGACUGCGGCCUCAACCUGCGGAUGAGAGGUCACUUCUGGGUGGGGGAUGUGAUGUACUGUGAGAAGCACGCCAAGCAGCGGUACCAAGGCCCAGAGAGCUCGCCGCGAUCCAGCUUGUCCCCUCGCCAGUGAGUCUGCGGCCCUGGUCUGCCCGAAGAUCCACCUCGACUGACUCUUUUACGGACCUCGGGCAAGUGGACCGGGGAUUAACAACAUGGCCCAGAAUGUUCUAUCCUGAUUACAGUCAACUCUGUUUGCCAUUAGUAUAAUUCACUUCAAAUUCACUUUGACAAUUUUCGGGAGGUUUUCCAUGUGCCAGCUUUACAACAAUACCAGUACUGUACUUUAUUUAACACACAUCUGACAAUCUGGAUCAUAUUUCUUAUUACAGUAGUUUGGUGAUACAAAGGGACCAAAUCCAACCCAGACCGCAUGUCAUAAACAUAGUGUGUGUGUGUGUGUGUGUGCGUAUGUGUGAACAAGAGAGGAAGUAGAAAGAGUCACACCUUGUUUUGCAGACUCGAAUGAUUUUGUGAUUUAUUUUAUUUUAUACGCUAGGCUAAGCCACAGCGCCUCAUAUGUUAUUUUUUUUUUUGUAAACUGAAUUUAAUAUGGAAAAACAUGAGAAAAAAAGUGUUUUCUGACUUUUUUUUGCUGUUGUGUGGCUUAUGAGGGGUUACAGAUUAUUUCAAUUUACAACUACUUUGAAUGUGUGACCAGUAUGCAAUAAUAUAUAUUUACGAUGUAUGCACAGGAUGUGUGGAGAAAAGUGAUGAUAUAUUUACCUAUUUACAGCAGUACUCUUCAUCUGGCACUUAAUAAAUUGCACAACUUAAAAA